GUAGGGUUUCGCGCUGGUGUGUUAAUCCGGAGAAGAAACAGCCUAUACCAUUGUAGGGAGAUGUGCGGCAGUGGUUGGUAAAUUUGAAACUUCCAGGGUUUGCAACAUAUACGAUUGGAAACCCCGAACCUCCCAGUGGUUGGCCUGCAAUAACGUUAAUUUACAUCCGCUGUCGAAUUUAAAGAAACGGGCGGGGAUUGCUGUGGAUGACUGACUCCGUUGUGAAGUUUGGAACUGCCGCAACUAAGUCCAUACUGCACCAAUUCCUGAAGUAUUUGCGACUAAGUAUUGGGCGUGCUAAUUACGCAGAAAACUAAAAACAUCGUUUGCAAGCGAUCGGGAAUCGAAUGACUCCCUUUUGGGGGAGUCCCAAGUUAUCCGUUAUUAUGGAAAAGAUCUGCUGAUGCGAAUUCGUCAAACACCAGGUUUCCCCGAAGUCUCGAUUCAAAGGUCUGGGGCCAAAGUCGAAGCGCCAGCCAGCCAGCAUCAACUGUCACCUGCUAACACUGCUGAUGAAUUUAGUCUCAAUGAGCCUGGGUGGACGUAACGCCGGAUCUGUACUAUAGGAGGUGGUCUCCUUUCUUCAACGGCUUCGAGCCUACGUUCAAUAACCUACCUAAAAUGGGAGCUCAGAGAAACGGCUUCAAAAGAGAAAGUUACAUUCUUUCAGUUGAUGUUGGUACAACAUCUAUACGAUGUCACAUCUAUGACAAGAAUGCUGUAAUAAAAGGAUCGUGCUCCAAAAAGGUGACCCUAAUGUACCCUGAGCCGGGAUGGGUCGAGAUGGACCCCGAAGAUUUGUGGCAGAACUUCGUUGCCGUCAUCAAGGGCGCCGUGAAAGAUUCGGGCUUGCAGAUGGGACAGAUGGAAGCCCUGGGGAUCUCAACACAGAGGUCAACUUUCACCACCUGGGACAGGAAGACCGGCAGGCCAUUUCACAACUUCAUCAGCUGGCAGGACCUCCGGGCCUCCGAGCUCGUGGGGACCUGGAACAGGUCCUGCACCAUGAAGGCAGUUCAUGGGGCGGCGAAGGUGCUGCACGUCCUCACCAGACAGAAGCGCUUCCACGCAGCGAGCCUGGUGGUGUUCUCCACCCAGCACGUUACCUUGCGCCUGGCCUGGGUCCUGCAACACUGCGCACAGGUGAGGCGGGCGGUGGCCGAGGGGAACUGCUGCUUCGGGACCAUCGACACCUGGCUGCUGUACAAGCUUUCAAAAGGAUCGCUCCAUGUCACAGACUAUUCCAACGCCAGCACUACGGGCCUCUAUGACUCAUACCAGAUGUGCUGGAGCGGCUUCCUGUGCUCUCUGAUCUCUUUGCCACUGUCCAUCUUCCCCACAGUGGUGGACACAGGUCAGAACUACGGCUCGUCUGAUCCCGGCGUCUUCGGCGUGCCGAUCCCCAUCAUGUCUGUGAUGGCAGACCAGCAGGCCGCCAUGUUCGGGGAGUGCUGCUUCGACACCGGUGAUGUAAAGAUCACCAUGGGAACAGGAACCUUUAUGGAUAUCAACACCGGGAACAAGCCACAUGCUUCUUGGUCAGGACUCUACCCCCUCGUGGGGUGGAAGAUUGGGCCGGAGGUGGUGUUCCUGGCGGAGGGGAACGCCGCGGACACGGGCACCGCCAUAAAGUGGGCGUGCGAGCUGGACCUGAUUUCAGACGUCCGGGAGACCGAGGCAUUGGCCACCAGCGUGGACGAUUCGAACGGGGUGUGCUUCGUCCCCUCCUUCAGUGGCCUGCAGGCUCCACUCAAUGACCCCAGAGCGUGUGCGUCUUUCAUGGGCCUGAAACCCUCAACAACGAAAUGCCACCUGGUCCGUGCCAUCCUGGAGUCCCUGGUCUUCCGGAACAAGCAGCUCUUUGACAUCAUGCUACGGGAAACGCGCAUUCCCAUCACCAGAAUCAGGGCGGACGGGGGUGUGUGCACCAAUGACUUCAUCCUGCAGUUGACGGCAGACCUGCUGGGGAGGAAGAUCGACCGGCCCAGCCACUUCGACAUGUCCAGUCUCGGGGCGGCGUUCGUGGCCGGCUUGCAAGUGGGUUUCUGGAAGAGUCGGGAGGAGUUGAAGAGGCUUCGCGGCUCUGACAGGGAGUUCCUGCCGCGGGACCUGCAGGGGAAGUACAGGCCCGUCCUGCAGAGCUGGGAGAGGGCCCUGCAGCGCUCCCUGCAUUGGUACGGCAAGACCUGACCGGCGCCCAGCAGGGGGCGCCAAAAACGCACACACCGUCAUUCCCAUCCUGGGCAUCUUGAGGGCGGAGCUGGCCCCUGCUUGGGGAAUCUGCCCUUGAUUGGGCGAGGUGCCCCCUCCGUGAACACUCCCACCCAUCUCCUGUUACACCCCUGCAGUGCCAACUGGCAAAAUGUUAAAAAAAAAAAAAAAAAUUCUUUAAAAUUACUGGACGGUAUUUGAAAUGCUGGAAACGUAACAGCCGUUAGCUACGGACGGUUUGUCUGGAUUUCGUCUGCGGAAUUUGAAGGUCGCGUUUCUCCACCGUAAUGAACGUAUCGGUGUAAUGUUUACAGUGAUUAAUGAAUGAAUUAUCUGUGCACGGAAGCUACGAUAUGAGCGAUAAAUGUGAGUGAAUGAAUGAAUCGGUGAUAUCUGUGAAAAACUGUGGGCAGGGAGCAGGGCCUACUGACAUUACUGGAACAAGAUAAAUGGAUCAUUCUGGAUGUUUCUGUGGUUUGUGUGCGUGCGUGCGUGCGUGCGGCAUAGGAAAUCUGAAAUCUUAUUGCAACACUAGGAAGUGAUAUCACCCUAAUUUGUACCUUCUUUUGUGUCAUUUUUCUGCCUGUUUCUGAUGAUAGGAUGCUUGUGAGUUGUGUCUUCAGUUUUGGCGAAACUCUCACAGGUGUUCUGAGGAAAAUGGGAACAGUUCUCUUUAGCCUUUUAGCUAUAGUGCCUAAGGUUAGAAUAUGCACAGAGGAACCCUGAUGCUAGAUCAACGCUCUCUGCUCUGAAACCUCUUGUGAACAUUGGCCUCUGUCAUUUGAUUCUUAAAAUCUGUUUGCACUUCAGAGUGCUGUGCAGUCAUGAAUUCCUUGCAUUAUCAAUGACCACCUUUAUUAUUUAUGGAGAAAAAAAAAUUAUUAAAACAGUUUUCAUGGUC